GGUUUGUUUUUCGUUGUGUUUCCACAGGCUUCUUACCUCCCAUAACUCCUCCAGAAAAAUUCUUUCUUUCUCAGCUGAUGUUGGCCCCCCCUAGAGAACUGUUCAAGAAGACUCCUCGGCAGAUUGCUUCAAUGGAUGUGGGGAACAUGGCCCAGUCAGUGGAUAUAAGUGGGCUUCAGCUGGCAUUAGCAGAACGUCAGUCUGAGUUGCCAACGCAGAGCAAGGCCAGCUUCCCCAGCAUUCUCAGCGAUCCUGACCCAGAUUCUUCCAACUCCGGUUUUGACAGCUCCGUUGCCUCCCAGAUCACGGAAGCCUUAGUGAGUGGACCAAAACCUCCUAUAGAAAGUCACUUUCGACCAGAGUUUAUUCGACCGCCGCCUCCACUCCAUAUAUGUGAGGAUGAAUUGGCAUGGUUAAAUCCCAUAGAGCCAGAUCACACAAUUCAGUGGGAUAAGUCAAUGUGUGUUAAGAACAGCACUGGAGUUGAGAUAAAAAGAAUCAUGGCAAAAGCUUUUAAAAGUCCCUUGACUUCCCCACAGCAAACACAGCUCCUUGGAGAACUGGAAAAGGACCCCAAGCUUGUUUACCAUAUUGGUCUCACUCCUGCCAAAUUGCCAGACCUGGUUGAAAACAAUCCUUUAGUAGCUAUAGAAAUGUUGCUGAAACUGAUGCAGUCUAGUCAGAUAACAGAGUAUUUUUCUGUCUUGGUCAACAUGGACAUGUCCUUACAUUCAAUGGAAGUUGUAAAUCGGCUUACUACUGCAGUUGAUCUCCCACCUGAAUUUAUUCAUCUUUAUAUUUCCAAUUGUAUCUCCACCUGUGAACAGAUUAAAGACAAAUAUAUGCAGAACCGCCUGGUACGUCUUGUUUGUGUCUUUCUUCAGUCUUUAAUCAGAAACAAAAUUAUUAAUGUACAGGACUUGUUUAUAGAAGUGCAAGCAUUCUGUAUUGAGUUCAGUCGGAUACGAGAAGCAGCUGGCCUUUUCAGAUUGCUGAAGACACUAGACACUGGGGAAAAUCCAUCAGAGACAAAAACAUCAAAAUAAAACCACUGUGUCACUGGCAAAAAAAAAAAAAACUGCCAGUGUUCUAUACCAAUUACUUGUAUAAUUUAAACUUAAAUCACUGGAUUAAUGAUGUAAUACACUAUAAAUAGCGUUUUAUGCAUUUAAACAAUAAAUAAUGCUUUUUUC